CUGACGCUCUCCUCCCUUCCCAUCGCUGUUGUUCUCCCCUAUCAGAUUCUCUCUCCUCCUUCUUUCGCCGCGACUCCGUCCCCAGAAAACAAUGACGAAGGAUCUCGAUUUCGAUGCAGACAAAGCCCUAGCGAAAGAGUUCCUGUCAAACUUCGCGGACAUCGAUGGCGAGGCCAAGUACAUGAACAUCCUGCAAGAAGUGGCAAACCGCAAAAUGCGAGCAGUCCAGAUUGAUCUUGAGGACUUGUUCAAUUACAAGGACUUGGACGAAGAAUUCCUCAGAAGGGUUACAGAAAAUACUAGGCGAUACAUUGGAAUCUUUGCGGAUGCGAUCGAUGAGCUCAUGCCGGAGCCAACAGAGGCAUUUACAGAUGAUGAUCAUGACAUAUUGAUGACUCAAAGGUCUGAUGAAGGACCUGAAAAUAUGGACGGCUCUGAUCCUCAUCAGAAGAUGCCUUCGGAAAUCAAGCGCUACUUUGAAGUUUACAUAAGUCCAUCUUCAAAAGGAAAGCCAUUUGCCAUUAGGGAGGUCAAGGCGUCACACAUCGGUCAGCUUGUAAAGAUAUCCGGCAUUGUCACACGUUGUUCAGAUGUUAAGCCAUUGAUGCAGGUUGCUGUGUAUACAUGUGAAGAAUGCGGUUUUGAGAUUUACCAGGAAGUAACUGCUCGAGUUUUCAUGCCACUAUUUGGGUGCCCGUCCAGACGCUGUUCAAUAAAUCAAACAAAAGGGAACCUCAUCCUUCAACUCAGAGCAUCAAAGUUUCUGAAGUUUCAAGAGGCGAAAAUUCAAGAACUUUCUGAACAUGUUCCUAAGGGACAUAUUCCGCGAUCGAUGACUGUUCACUUAAGGGGAGAACUCACGAGAAAGGCAGCUCCAGGUGACGUCGUUGAGUUAUCUGGGAUAUUCCUUCCUACUCCUUAUGUUGGUUUUAGAGCAAUGCGUGCUGGCUUAGUUGCAGAUACCUACUUGGAGGCAAUGUCGGUUACACAUUUCAAGAAAAGAUAUGAAGAGUAUGAAUUUAGGGGAGAUGAAGAAGAACAAAUUACACGUCUAGCUGAGGAUGGUGACAUAUAUAACAAAUUGGCAAGGUCCUUGGCACCUGAAAUUUUUGGACAUGAAGAUAUUAAGAAGGGUCUACUUCUUCUCCUUGUGGGGGCUCCACACAGGAAGCUAACAGAUGGGAUGAAGAUUAGAGGAGAUUUGCAUAUUUGUUUGAUGGGUGAUCCUGGAGUUGCAAAGAGUCAGCUGCUUAAGCACAUAAUUAAUGUAGCUCCCAGGGGAGUUUACACCACUGGCAAAGGAAGCAGUGGAGUUGGUUUAACUGCUGCUGUUCAGAAAGAUCCAGUGACAAAUGAGAUGGUUCUUGAAGGAGGUGCUUUGGUGCUUGCGGAUAUGGGUAUAUGUGCUAUUGAUGAGUUCGAUAAGAUGGAUGAAUUAGAUCGUACAGCAAUUCAUGAAGUUAUGGAGCAGCAAACUGUCAGCAUUGCUAAGGCUGGGAUCACUACAUCCCUGAAUGCAAGAACUGCCGUUCUUGCUGCUGCAAAUCCAGCAUGGGGGAGAUAUGACCUGCGUAGGACUCCUGCUGAAAAUAUUAAUCUUCCUCCGGCACUGUUGUCAAGAUUUGAUCUUCUGUGGCUGAUUCUGGAUCGAGCUGAUAUGGAUAGUGAUCUUGAGAUGGCGAGGCAUAUCGUCUAUGUUCACCAGAACAAAGAAUCUCCAUCUCUUGGUUUCACUCCACUUGAGCCAUCUGUGUUACGUGCAUAUAUUUCUGCUGCUAGAAGAUUAUCUCCUUCUGUCCCAAAGGAGCUUGAGGAGUAUCUUGCUAGUGCCUACUCCAGCAUUCGGCAAGAAGAAGCUAAGUCCGAUACCCCGCAUUCUUAUACAACUGUGAGAACUCUGCUCAGCAUUCUCCGGAUAUCAGCGGCACUUGCAAGACUCCGAUUCUCUGAAACUGUGGCUCAGAGUGAUGUGGACGAGGCACUUAGGUUAAUGCAGAUGUCAAAAUUCUCGUUAUACUCAGAUGACCGCCAGAAAUCUGGUCUGGAUGCUAUCUCCAAUAUCUAUUCAAUCUUGCGAGAUGAAGCUGCUAGAACUCAUAGAAUGGACGUGAGCUAUGCACAUGCGCUCAAUUGGAUUUCCAGAAAGGGAUACAGUGAAGCCCAACUGAAGGAAUGUUUGGAGGAGUAUGCGGCUCUGAAUGUGUGGCAGAUACAUCCUCAUACCUUUGACAUCCGAUUUAUAGAUGCUUGACGUGCCUAGCACCAAUCCCAUUCCCUUAUAUGUAGAGGAAAUCUUUGUACUUGGAUUAUGAUUUAAUUGGAUUCUUCAUUUAGGCUAACGAAGUUAAUUAUACAUGUUUAAGAGCCAGCUCUGGCUGCUCAACUUCUGUUGUGUGAGUUGUAAAAUACCGGCCGUUGUUGUCUGGUGAUUUUCUUUUUCAUUUUUGCUUAGCUUAACAUAUGUCGCCAUAAGAUAUUGGGUGUCGUUUGGGCCUACAAAGUUCAAAUUGGGAAAUACACCAAGGUAGGAAAGUGGUUUUGGAUACUGUUUGUUGAAUCCAAUCAAGUAGUGACGCGUUGAUAUGACGCUAGUGCAAAAAAGAACUUUCUUUUCUUUCUCUCUCUACAAUGGAUUUUAGAGAGAGGAACCUGGAACUUUACCAAAUUUUAGGCAAAUUUUGUCAAAUGAAUUGGUCAAACAUGGAUCAGUUGCG